AGCGCAUGCAUAUGUUGGAUUUGAUCACCGACAUCGCGAUGGCGUCGUCCUCGAGCCAAAUGGAAAUUAGCGAACCGUUCCGUACGGAGGACCUGUCGAAAACGGAUUUUUUCGACUUCGUCACAGGCUCCGCACCGGACAUGGCUAUCAGCAGCAGUAGUGGCGGACCGGGUGGUGGUGGAGGAGGCGGUGGUGGUGGUGGGGGUGGCGGCGGUGGAGGUGGUGCUACCAAUACCGGCAACGUGAAUAGCAACAAUUCCUGCAACCGUACCCUGUCGGGUGUGUUACCGAGCAUGGGACCUAAUGGAGUGUCCGAUCGACCGCCGGACGGUAGGAACGGGAGCGAAGGUUCACCGAUGGAUGGAACGCAAGCUAACAGAGUGACCGGAAGUGGUGCUGGUGGUGGUCCCGUUCCCGAUGCUAACGAUCAACCGCUCCAGGGAUUUGAUCAGUUCUGGGGCCCCGAUAAAGAUGCCAAUCGGUUAGAUCCGGCCAUGUUUGAGGAUCUUAAUCGCUACUGUUGGAUACAGCAGAACAACAACACUACUACGACGAGUAAUAAUAACACAAAUAGCAAUGCUCACAACAACCCCAGCAGCAACAGCAAUAAUGGAGCACUUAACAGUCAGGUGGCCGAUACAGACGGACAGAUCUACACACUAACAGUAUUAAACGGAGCACCGGAACCGUGGGUACUCAGGAAGGACCCGACCAGCUCGGAACCAGCUGCUCCCGCUUCCAACCUCGAUCUCGACACAAUUCUCGGAGGAUUUCCGGGCUAUGUCAAGACGGAAUGUUUCUCCUACGAUGACAGUGGCUUCGGUACGGAUCACCACGCGAAAGACGAUCCACACCAUCAACAGCAGCAACAGCAACAACAACAACAUCAGCAUCUGCAGCUAGUUCAACAACAACAACAACAACAACAGCAUGCCACGCAUCAUGCACAAUCGCAACCAACGCAACUCCAGCAAGUACAAUCACAGCAGCAGCAAAUGCCGGUCACGUCGAGCAACAUCGUACUGUCGAGCCAGCUGCUUGACCCCAACAGUGUCCUGGCGUACCAGAACAAUAACAACAACGAUUGGCAGAUGUCGGACCACAACGUAAUACAGCAGGACACGCCCGAGUCUUUACUUCGUAGCGCACUGCAGGGUAAAGGCUACACCAAAGGCACUGGACUGCCGUUGCAGAAUGGAGCCAUCACCGUACUACCUGCCACCGGCCACAUGAAGGACGAUGAGUUGCGACGAGUGCUGUAUUCGGCGGGCGAUCCUACCGAUUCGUUGGCGGCGUAUGCGGAUUCCACGCUCGCCAGCACCAUGUACGACGAGUCGGUGUUACACUCGCCUGCGUCCACUAACCAGUCGGCCACCUCCCAGCCACAGCAUCAACAUCAGCAGCAACAUCAGAUGGUUGCAUCCACCGGCCAGGUGACGGAUCUUGGUCCAGGUAGCGGUGGAGGUGGAACGGGCCCCGGCAGUGUGGUGGUGGACGACAUGUUCCUUACGCUGGAUGCUGCCUUCCCGGAGGACUACGAAAAGCUGAAGCGGAUAGCGACCGAGGUCCAACAGUUUUGCACGGACAACAACAACUACGCCGAGAUCAUCGUGGAAGCACCGUCGAUGGGUAACGGUUGCACUACCACCGGGCCGACUACAAACACCUUGCUGACGGGUGGGAACCACCAACAUCACCCAGGACAUGGCAACAUGGGUGUAAUGUCGCCAACGGGAGGACUUCCGCGGCAACCUCCAGUAUCAACGACGACUUCCUCGGACGUGGUGACAACGACCUCCACCACCAAGGCUAAGGCUCCCCGGACGAAAAAGAACUACAAACGAUCUCUCAGCAAUAAUGCCGCAAGUACGCAGGCCAACACCAACAACAGUCCCACCCUGACAUGUCUGACCAACAACAACAACAACAACAACACGAGCAUGAGCAACCUCAACACGAUCACCGGUGGUGCUGCUGUGGCGCUGCUGAGUCCCGGCAGUGUGACUCCCGGCUCUAACGGAACAACCCAGCUGACCACCUCCACUACCACCACCACAACUACUGCUACCACCAGCCCCACCCAGUGUGGCAAUGGACAGCGCAAGGAACGAUCACUUCACUACUGUUCGAUCUGCUCCAAGGGCUUCAAGGACAAGUACUCCGUCAACGUUCACAUACGUACCCACACGGGGGAAAAACCGUUUGCGUGUUCCCUUUGUGGCAAAAGCUUCCGACAGAAGGCCCAUCUGGCCAAACACUACCAGACCCAUUUGGCGCAGAAGAAUCCACCGGGUGGAGCUGGGGGUGGCGGUAGUGGUGGUGGAUCCGUCACGAAGCAAAGUAAACAGAGUCGUCUUCAAGCCGGACCACCUCAGCUUGCCACGACGGAUCCGAGCGUAGGAGGACAGUUGCCAUCAGUACCCGGUUCCGGUCCGACUGGAGCAGCCGCAGCAGCAGCAGCAGUCACGAACAUUCCCGGACCGCUCGCCCAGAUGGUGGUAGUACCGCAGGCCCAAUCGCCACCGAUGCUGCUCACCACCAGCACACCCAACACUGCCACGAUCGUCGCCAGCCGGUGA